ACAUACAUACAUACAUACAUACAUACAUACAUACGUACGUAUAGGUGCUUAUUAAUUAGAAUUAUGUAACUCUUAAUAAAAGAAGGCAAUUAUUGAAAUUGAGUAUACGAGUAUAUAUAUAACGGCGAAAUAAAAUCAAGAAUAUAUCCUUUGUCUUUUGUAUAUAUAUAGAUAUGUAGGACUCGUUCCCAUGUCAUUACUUCAAAACAAAGACCGGCACAAGAAAAAAUUCACGGACGGAAAGAGAGAAGAAAGAAAGAGGAAAUGAGUGAUUACAAUUAAUAAAUAAAUCAGAAAGGAAAUGCUGAAGAAUCCGCGAUAAAAAAUAGUACUGUAUCGAACCGAAUACUAAGCGAUGAUAUAAUGAACGAAAUGAAUUAAAUGUACUUUUAAGAUUUAAUUCAUGAUGAAAAUUUUCCAUUUAAGAAAAUAUGAAAAAUAUAAAAUAAUUAUAAUAAUGAUAACAAAUGAAGAUCAAGGAAACACAUUAAGGUAGUGGUAGUGGCGGCGACAGGUUCUCGUCUGCUCCUGCUUCUCUUACUAAUACUCCUAUACUAACUACUCCUUCCCCCCGACUUAUUUUCCUUGAGAUUCUGAUUCAUUUCCUUCCUGCCUUAUGUGCGUAUGACUACAUCGAUGUUGAUAGUCAGAAAAGAGCGGAAGUUUUGGUUGUGAUUCGGCAGGAACUCUGAUUAUUUAAACAAACGUGUUGUGCACUUGAAGAAAAAAGAUUCUGUAACAGAUUUUUCUGUACAUUACCUACCUUCCCCUGCCCUUCAGAAAAUUUUAAUCCAAAAUAGCAUUAUGGAUUCAGUCAGUCAAAAUAUUGCUGAUUCCUCACUAACACCAAAGAAUUUCAGCAGAAGCUUUAACCAAGAUAUGAUCACUAGUCAGAACAGAAAUGAUCCUUGCAAGUUCUAUGGUAUAUCAUAUACUGAAACUGCUUGUGCUGUAUCUGCAUAUAUUCCACCAGCAUCACAUCCUUUGAUACCCUCACAGUCAUUGGAUAAUAAUGGAAGUUUAAUGAUAUCAGUUACUUCACAGUCAGUACAUACUGGAGUGCUGCCUGCAUUACCGGAUGCAUCUUUACAACCUUCAUCUAAUUCAAAGGCAAUAAAUUCGAAAAAAUUAGAUCAGCCCAGGCCAUACAACUGCCAUUUUUGUUCAAAGAAAUUUUCACAGUCCGGUCACUUAACAAAACAUCUCCGAGUUCAUACUGGUGAGAAACCUUAUGAGUGCACUUUCUGCAAAAAGCGGUUUUCUCAGUCAAAUAAUCUUACUGCACAUAUGCGUACACAUACUGCCGAGAAACCUUAUGAAUGCCCUUGUUGUGGACUUGCCUUUUCUCGAUCUGACAACCUUGCAACCCAUGUUAGGACACAUACUGGUGAAAAAUGUUUCCCUUGUACGAUGUGUCCUAAAUCUUUUUCUCACUCUGGUAACCUCACCGAACACAUCAAAACACACACAGGAGAAAAACCAUUUGAAUGUGAAUACUGCAACAAGAAAUUUUCACAGUCAGGCCAUCUUACCAAACACCUCAGGAUUCACAAGGGAGAAAAACCCUAUACAUGUAACUUCUGCUCAAAAGCAUUUUCCCAGUCAAAUAACCUAACUGUACACUUGAGAAUCCAUACUGCAGAACGACCGUUUUUAUGCAACUUUUGUUCAAGCACAUUCCCACGUUCUGACUCUUUAAAGAGACAUUUACGUGUGCAUUCUGGAGAACGUAUUUAUGAAUGUAAUCAUUGUGAGAAAACAUUCUCUCAUGCAGGGAAUUUGAGUGAACACUUGAAGACACACACGGGGGAAAAGCCUUAUGCAUGUACACUUUGUGAGAAGAAAUUUGUGCAGUCAGGACACUUAACAAAACAUCUUAGAACACACACAGGGGAAAAACCAUUUUCAUGUUCAGUUUGUAAGAAAUCCUUCAUACAAUCAGGACACCUAUCAAAACACAUGAAAAUUCAUCAAAAAGACAGUUUAUAUCUUGGUACAUGUAGUAAGGAUUCGAGUUCCACAGAUCCCCCAGAAGCUCUAACAGAGCCUCCAACAUCAGAGAGUGUGUGUGCAGAAACACAGCCCACAAUAUCGUUAUAAAAAGAAAUGCUGGCAAACUGAAAGAGAUUCUAUUUAAUGUAUUCAAUAUUUAUGGCAAUUAGUUGUGUAAGAAAGUCUGUUUAAUUGCCUUUUAUGCAAUUACAACAUUAAAAAAGCUAACCAGUUGAAAAAUUAUCUGGGUAAUACUUGGUGUAUGCAUUACAAAAAUCCCUACUCUCUCAGUUUUUUUGUUACUUUUGUUUAUUUGUGUUGUAUUUUGUUAGAUAAACCUCACUUUUUUCUGGUUAAGAAGUAUAUAUGACCCUAUAGAUAAAGUUGUAUAUUAGAAGUUAAUGAAUUAUUUAAACUGAUCAUCAUACAAAAGACACACUGUUUAUUUUUUUGAAACCUUAGAAUAUAUCAAAAUAUUUUGUUAUUGUCCAAUGAAAAAAAAAAGGUAAAUAUAAAUUAAAUCAACCAGCUCAGUCAUAGUGUAUGUGUGUACAUAUUUACUAAGAGUGCCCAUACAAAUUUACAGAAAUGUGAAAAUAAAUUUAAAAAAGGUACCAUAUGACACACAUAAAACCCAUACCCUCUAUUUAUUGCCCUGAUAGAUUAACAAAUUAUGCUGCCAGCAUUCCACUGUUUCUCAGUACAACAAGUUAUACCAUAUGGUUAAAUUACUUCCAUUUUUUAGUGCAUCUGUAUUUGUUUAUUAACAUAUAUCACUUCUCAUAAACUAAUGUAAAUCGAUAAGAUGUUCAUUAGCUAAUCUUUAUAUCUAUUUCCUAGUUACAUUAUCCCAAAAUGGAGACCAUUUAGCCAAUGUAUACAACUCUCAAAACAAAUACUUGAUAUAUUCUACUUUUUAAAAAUUAAAUGGUUUAUAGCUAAUUUUCCAUUCUUGUAUGAACCAAAUACUUUAGUUGUUGGAGCAACUGUUUUUAUAGCCAGCUGAGGCUUUUCCCACUGUUGGCAACUUCAAAUUUGAAGUGGGGAGUUUAGUCAAGUAAUAGCUAUAGCAAGAUCUGAAAUUUCAACUGUUUUUCAUUUCUUUCAGUUUGAUUGGUCUGGAGGAAAAGGUUGUGCCAUCAUCAAUUUUAACAUUUCUCUUAAGCAGUUGCAAGCUGAUAGUUGUCAGCAGUCCUAAACCUUAACUGCACAGCAAUUGUAUUGUCUUGAUAAAUGGUACAUAAAUUAUAUAAUGAGUUAAAUCAAAUGAAGAUUAUUCACUGAAUGUAUUCACAUCAAAUUAUUUCUAUUCUGUUUGUAACUUUCAUGUCUCUGUUCUUGUUUGUAUUUAAUAUUUACUAAUGUAUUUGUUGAAAAGAGUUUAAAUAACCCUUUAAUUUAUGGAUUGGAAAUAAUCUUAUAUAACGUAUGUGUGUGUGUGUGUGUCUUUAAAAUGUACGAUGGGUGAAAAUUUAAGGUGGACAAUUACUGAUUAAAUGGUCAUAAGCUCAGACCUUAUUACCAUAACUAUUUCUUUUAGUGAUUUUGGCUAUGAAACAUAAUGUUACUGCUUUGCUAAUGAACAGGUACCAUACCUAUUACACCUUUAUUUGAGACCUACUUUAUGUUAACCACUCGGAGCAACAACACUUCUUUCACUAAAUUUCUCAAGAGCAAGAGCUUUUAAGAAAUUUAGUGAAAGUAGUGUUGUCAUUGAUUCCAGUAAAGCUUUGUUCCUUAUCUGGCAAAUUUCCUACUGUCUGUGGGCUCCAUCUAUCUCUUAUCUCUUGAAUUGGUAACAACUUCCUGUCACAUCAUACCCACAUAGUGUGUGCUGAUGGAGCUCUCACAAACACAAAUUCUAUCAAUACUGCAACUUUUUUAUUUACACAUUAAUGACCUACUCUGCUAUCACCUCUAACAAGGUCCUCUCCUUUGUUGAUGAUACAACCCUUCAAUUUUCUCUAACCUUCCACACUCAAGCAUCAUUCAUACAUAACUUAGACACCUCAUGCCAAAUCUGCCCCAACACCAUGAACAGAGAUUUCAAAAACAUCUUCUAUUGGAGCCAUGCCAAUUUCAUCUCCUUCAUCAGCACAAAAACACUACUUACACUCAUCAAGAAAACAUUAUUACAACAACCAUCACAUAAGGACCAUCAAAGUCCCUACAAAUGCUAGAUGGAAGAUCUCUUCUGCCAAACACACCUUUAACAACAAGACUGCAUUAUAAAGAAUGGCUUUUCACUUCAGAGCCAGUACAAUAUUUAUUUCUUCAUUGCCCACCAGGGGCUAAACACAGAGGAGACAAACAAAGACAGACAAAGGGAUUAAGUCGAUUACAUCGACUCCAGAACACAACUGGUACUUAUUUAAUUGAUUCUGA